AUGCAUGAGCUAUUAACAGUUCAGCAGGUUGAUCCAUGGCUGCAGUUCAAUCCGCACAUUGUUUCUGGUUAUCGUCCCCGCAUGUCUGUUCGUGCCGCGUUGCGUUCCUUUUUUGAGUGGCAUAAUGAGUCGUUUAACGUCUGGUCACAUGCUCUUGCUGCGUGUUUUGUGUUGUACUUGGCUCUUUUUCCGCCAACCAUGGAGAUAUCCACCACUUCCACCGUUAGCGGUCGUGGCGUUGGUACGAGUGGGAUAGCUGCCACGGAUGUCUCUUUGACGCCGCAUGACCGCCGUUGGCUGGGCAGUAGCAGUGAACAUCUUCUUGGCGCAAGUUCCACGACAACAUUUCGUUGUACAUGUCUUGUAUUUUUUUUCAUAUUCAUUUGCAGUGUGGUGUACCAUCUUUUUAUGCCGUGCACAACUUCAGAGUCAUUGUAUCGACGCCUGCUGAGCUGUGAUGUUUUUGGUGUUGUCAUAUGCAUCACGGGCACCUCGUGGAGUCUUGUCUACCGAGGCAACGCGUGCAGUCAAAACUGGAGUUGCCAUGUUGGCAUGGGGGCGCUUCUUUUGUCAACCUUGUUUGUACUCUACGGGGCAGUUUUUAACGCAUCAUGUGGGAGUUUUGGUCGUUUCAAGGCGAUUGGAUUUCAUUCUGUCCUUCGCCUUUUGAUUCUCCUGUGGGUCGAGCUGCCCAAAGUGCAGUCGCAGGGGUACCACCAGGCGGUUCAUUGCCAUGCGAUGAGUUUUUUUUUUCUUGCCCUGGGCGCGGUAAUAAAUGCACUUCGUUUUCCUGAGAAGCAUCUGCGUCGCGCCACGCGGUUAUUGCCAGCAUCAUCAUCGUCACCGGAAGCAACUGUCACGUCACGCUGUUGGCGGUGGCUUGGGCGCUUCGUGGUAUCGGGGGAGGAGAUUGAUUACACGUGGAAUAGUCACGGUUUUUGGCACUACUGCAUCAUUCUGAGUACAACGAUGAUGCUGCUUGGCUGCUACUACGAUCUGGAGGAAUUUGAGUUGGCAAAGUGUUAA